AAAACAGAGAAAAAUAAAGAAACAAUAUGAGACAAGCAGGUGCAUAUUCAGGUAUAGUAAAUGGUGGCAUAGGAAGAACAGGUCCACAUUCAUUACCAUUAGCAAGAAUAAAGAAGAUAAUGAAGAAUUCUAGUGAAGACGUGAAAAUGAUAUCAGGGGUUGCUCCAAUUGUUUUCUCAAAAGCUUGUGAACUUUUCAUUGAAGAACUUACAAGAAGGUCUUGGAUUAUGGCUAUUGAUGCUAAAAGAAGAACUUUGAAUAAAGAAGAUGUUGCUUCUGCUGUUAUAGCUACUGAUAUUUUUGAUUUUUUGAUCACUUUGGUUUCUAAUUCUGAUUCUAGUACUGAUGCCACCACUCUCAUGCAAAUGGAAAGUAUAUGAAAUAUGAAUUGCUCUUAAGCUGAAGCUACCUCAUAUUUGAGUUCCAUUAUUAUUAUAUGUAUUUCUUUGUUGUGCAACCUUUAGCUGA